AGUAAUGUAGAUUGUUUAAUUUGUGUUCAAAACUUUUUUUAUAUGAAACAUUUACUUUCUAAAACGAAACGCAUUUAAUCUGGUUUUGUAUUUACACAAAAUUUUAAUAUAUAACAAUAAAUAUAUCAUAAAAACACUCAAAAAAUAAAUUUAUAUAAAAUAUUGCCCCAACACAUUUGUACGUGUCUUCAAAUAAAUGUGCGCUUGAAAUGUAAAGAACAACUUCGAAAUAAUAAAAUCAUCUAAAAAGCAUGGCACACGAACGGUUUGGCAUACUUUUUCAAAAUGAGCAAUAUGGGGAUGAUGUACAAAUCCAACCAGGAGGCAUACAAAGUGUAAAUAUUGGAAACAUAAGUCAUGUAAUUAUUCUAGUUAUUCAGAAUGAAGUAAUUACCACUAAUCAACAUGAAAAAAUGAAUUUGAAGUCGUCAGCGGAAAAUGAAUUCAUGACCAAAAUAAACAAACACCUGCAGAUGGGCAUUCAAAUGGAUAUCAAUAAUAGUAUUAAAAAUACGGCUUAUGCCGAAGAAUAUGAUGAAAUAUCAAACAAUAUGCCUAAUAGUUGUAGCUUGGCAAGCAGUAACAAAAUCACUUGCAUAGAUUCUACAAGCAUACUGAAUACAUCGGGAAAAUCAAGAAGGUGGGAACAGAAGCUCGUUCAAAUUAAAACCAUGGAGGGAGAAUUUAGUGUUACCAUGUGGGCUUCGGGUAUAUCCGACGAUGAUGAUUACUCCGGGUCAGACCAAAAUAUUACUGAAUCAGAAUUGUUAACAAAAGGAGAGGACAACGAAGAUGAUGAGUCCUUUUUAAACCAAAGGAUGUCCAUACAUGAACCGCAAGAAAUUCAUACACAGAUUAUUGAAGAUGUUAAAAAUCUAACCACUAAAAAUAUCCUUAAUAAGUCUACGAACUUGGUCGAAAAUACAGUCUUACAGGUUACAAAUUCUUCAAGCAAUCUUCAGUUAAUUAAUGAAACAGCACUAUCCAUUGAUAAUAAUCAAAGAAUAUUAAAAAGUGAUAAUAAUACUUGUCAGCCAAUUUCAAGUUCGACUUCGACUAGUACUUCGGUGCCGUUUUUUGGUGUUGGCUUACAGAAAAGGGUACAUAAUGACUUAUCUGCAUACAACAACAACUUUGGAACACCGUCUGGAUCUGAUCUUAACUUUAAGCAUUCCGAUGGUAACAUCCUAACGUAUCAAAACGAGAAAAAGAUUGCCUGUCCUCAUAAAGGCUGCCAUAAAAACUUCAGAGAUUCAUCGGCAAUGCGCAAGCAUCUGCACACACACGGACCCCGUGUACAUGUAUGUGCGGAGUGCGGAAAAGCCUUUGUGGAGAGCUCAAAACUAAAACGACAUCAAUUGGUUCACACAGGAGAAAAGCCAUUUCAGUGUACUUUCGAAGGAUGUGGUAAACGAUUUUCCCUUGAUUUCAACUUAAGAACCCAUGUGAGAAUUCAUACAGGCGACAGACCUUUUGUUUGUCCCUUUGAUGCCUGCAAUAAAAAGUUUGCUCAAUCCACAAAUUUAAAAUCUCACAUAUUAACUCAUGCUAAAGCUAAGAGGAAUACUUCCAGCAUUACGCGUAAAAGCAGCCCAAGUGAAGAAAAACCUACAAAUUACAUUAAGGCAGAAGUACUAGAUAGUGUAUCAUUAUCUGAAAAUAAUGUACCAUUCGUAGUUUAUGCAGACUGAAAUUUGUAUUGUAAGCCGAUCUAUUUUUCAGGAUUUCAAUUCGAUCAAUUAUAUAUAUAAAAAUUUUAACUAA